GGUAAUAGACUAAACAUGGCCACAUUAAAGUCAUGCAGUGCUCUGGUCACAGGAGCCAACCGGGGAUUGGGUUUGGAAAUGGUUAAGCAACUUCUUGAAGCCCAUUGCUCUAAAAUAUUUGCUGGAUGUCGGGACCCAGACGGGCCAAAUUCUGAGUCACUGAGAGAACUGGCCAAUAAACAUCCGAGUAUUGUCAAUCUUGUGCGCAUUGAUAUCGCUGAUCCACGCAGUAUCAAAGAAUCCGCCGAGAAAGUGUCGUCUUUACUGGGGAAUGGUGGCUUAAAUCUGCUGGUGAAUAAUGCAGCCGUGCUGCCACGAAAAAGCAUGCUGACCGCCACCGUGCAGGACAUGCAGGACACCUUCAACACCAAUGUCAUAGGACCCAUGUUAGUCAUUAGGGAGUACUUGCCAUACCUGCGUGCAGCAGCUAAAGCCAGCGGUAAAACAGGGUUGUCAUGUGAUAAAGCAGCUAUAAUUAACAUCUCAACAGAUUCAGCCUCUAUGAGCAUCGUGCCAACCAUGCAGGCACCAUUUCCCCUCUUCCCUUACAGCAUCAGCAAGGCAGGUCUCAACAUGUUAACAGUGUGUUCGGCUAUGGAGUUGAAAGAAGAUGAGAUCCUCUGCGUUUCCAUUCAUCCUGGAUGGGUGAAGACUGACAUGGGGGGAGAUAAGGCACCUCUUACAUCUAGAGAAAGUGUGGAGGGGAUUCUGCGUGUCAUGAGGGGUCUCACUGACAAACAGAAUGGUGGAUUCAUGGACUACACUGGAAAAAUAAUGCCCUGGUAAAGCCAAAUGACAAAGACACAUCUGGAAGGUCAAUAAAGGGCCGCUUCAGUUUCACAGACAGUAUCACAUUUACUAUUUAGUUCUUUAUACUCUGAUUUGAUGUUUUGUACCAUUUAUCACACCUUUAAAAUCAAUGUAUAAAUUGAGUGCACAUCAGAAAAAUGAGAAAUAAAUAGUUAAUAAGGGGUUCGGAUUAAAAACCCUUUACCCCACUGCAUCUGACAUGGUUUUUUUUUGUAAAUUAUCAUUUUUUUAUCAGGUUCUUAUGUUUAGGUUCAGUAAUUUCACUUUAAUGGCAAUUAUUAGUCAGGAAUUGCAAUGCCUUAUUUUGGUAUUCUAUGAGGAAAAUAUUAUUAUCAGUGGAGUACCUCAGGGCUAUGUUUUAGGCCCCCUUUUAUUUCUUUUGUACAUAAAUGAUAUGAGAGUGGUUUUCGAUUGCAAUGUGUUUUUACUUUUUUUAUGCCGAUGACUUAUUCACAUGGUACAUUGUAUAAUUUUCAAACUUAUGUCUUUUAAAUACUCAGGGGCUCUAGAGUGGAAUAAGUUGCCUGUCAAUAUAAAAAAUAUUACGAACACAGUUGGUUUUAGAUUAAAAGUUAGAGCUAGUUUGAAAGUUAAAAUACUUUGUAAAGGUUUUUAGUUGAUAUAUGUAGGUGAUAUAUGUAAUGCCAAUGCUCAUUUUCCUCUUGCAUCACAACUAAGGUGUUUUUUUUUACUUUAUUGUGUU